CAAAGGAUCAAAUACAAACCCUAAGAAUUAUGCCGGGCAAGGAACUGCAGGUAUGUUUAACUGAAUGAUGUAUUGUAACUGCUGAAAAAAUAGACAGUUUUUGAAACAUUAUACUUGUAAAUUACUACAAAUUCAACUCUGUUUUUGUAGUUUUGUUUUUCUAUUUUGAAUUAUUUCAUUUAAAUCAAUUUUUUCAUGCAAAGGCUUAUUCGAACCUGGUAUACGUAAGACGUCAGAAAUCAUGGAUGAUUCCGCAUUCUGAUAAACUCCAAUGUUGCAAAAAGAUCGCCAGUGCAAAAAAAUAAAUAAGGAAUGAAUAUUAUCCAAAAAAGUACAACAACAACAACAACGACAACGACAACGACAACGACAACGACAACAACGACAACGACAACGACAACAACAACAACAACAACAACAAACGAACUUGUAAAUAAAGUUACUGUCCAACUGGAACUGUAUUAUAACUUUUACAAUAUACUGACUCGAUAUUUUUUAUGCAGGUACAGAUCGAAACAACAUGGUGGAAAUGGCAGACCCUUCCGUGAACUAUCCUGUAACCUCAGAAAAAACAUUAACAAUGUUCACUAACGCUGAAAUCGUUUGGUCAAGUGAUGAUGAAACAAAGACUAAACAAGAUCUGAUUCUAAGUAUGGCUUCCUCUGGCUACUACAACAGCAUGUCGCUCUGUAGGGCUUCACCAAAGAAAACAGCGCUUAAUGUUUUGUUAAACAAUGCUCCGGCAUCGUAUCGUGGCAUGCUAUUGAGGUUUGCACCGGGAGAAUAUUACUACAUGUGUACAAGAAACAACAACUUCAGUAAUCGUAACCAGAAAGGAAGACUCGUGGUCAGAAAUGUGCCAGGAAGCAAGCUAAGCAAGAAGUAAACACAUUGGACCUGUAAUACUACAAAGAAAUGUUUUGGUUGUCUCUGAUAUGCAACUCGAGGACUACAUUAUUUUGUAUUAUAUAAUACCUUAUUGAAUUCUGAUCGUUUAAUUGACUGUUUAUGGUCACGUGAUAUUGAAUAGAAAAUUCCAUUUCCCAAGAGUGCAAUGGAAUACGUCCCAUUGCACUCUCUGCGAGUGCAAUGGAAUAAAACGUAUAGUACAAUUGCACUCUUUGGGUUUUCGAUAAAUCGCAUCCCUCAACAUGCUUCUGAUACGAAUCUAUUAGUCUAUUUUGGUAUUAUAUAAAACAAAUAAUGAAUGUUUUUUCGUGCAAUGGUAAGAAUAUUUUCAUUCGGUGAAAGAUGGAAUGUUUCAUUCAACUCGGCUGUCGCCUCGUUGAAUGGAACAUUCUAUCUUUCACCUCAUGAAAAUAUUCUUACCAUUGCACUCAUAAACAUUCAUUAUUUGUAUAAUAGGAAACUUGGUUGAUUCGGACAUCGGCAGUUGAAUUUAGGUUGAUAAUAGCGAGCUUAAGCAAGGCCGUUUUUGUCAACACGGAACCGGAUUGGAUUAAAGGGCCGAACUGGAUUAAAAACUGUUUUGUGCAUGAGUUUGUGGUAAUUUUCAACACAUGUGAUAAAAUACAAGAUAAUGCAAAAUGCCGCCAAAAUUAGUUAUACCAAUUUUCGGUUGACAUACGUGUUGAAAAAACUAUUCUCUUUAUUACUCUAUACAACAUUUCGUUUUUCAAAUGUAAUAAAAUUUGUUUUCUAGAAUACUUAGUUAGAUAAUAUCAUAGCUACAUCGAAAUCCUUUGUUUCGCGAGGGACGAUUAAUGACUUAUUUACCUCAUUGCUAAAACAUCUCACCGGACGAUUAAUUACUAAUAUCAUUUUGGUCAAUUUACUUGAUUCUGAUUGGUUAAAACCCGUGCCGAUUAAACAUUAAUCGCACAGGUGUGCCAUUAAAGAUUAAUCAGCACGGAUACGAGCGGAUAUAAUAUAAAUCAACAACUUCAUAACCAAUAAUUUAUUGGCGUUGUAAUGCCAUUGUAUGCAAUGAAGUAUUGGGUUGUAAUGGGUCUACGAUUAAUCCAAACAUUAAUCCUAAUCCAAACUCUAAUCCUAACCUCUAACCCAUAACCUCUAACCUUCACACCCUAACCCCUUUUAACUACGAUUGUGAGCUUAAUUAUGUAAUUGUAGUUUACGGUAAUAUUAUGGAAAUACUGUAGAUAGUAAUAAUAAUUGUUCAAUAUCUGUCAAUUUAAUCAUGGUGCAAUAAAUCGUUCCAAUUAGUAUAGGUAAUCAUGCGAUGGCGAGUACAAUAAAAAUUAAUAGUACGAGUGAUGUUUGGAAAUUUUGCCAAAAUUGGACGAGCCGCCGUACUUGUUUAUUAUUAGAAUGACAAAAUUGGAUACUUCUCAAUGUUAACAUCAUAUAUUCUCCCGCCAAAUCCCAGUCCUGCCAGAUUUUCAACCCAACUUUGGUGCUUUUGUCCGUAUUUUCAUUUAGUUCUUGUAUUAAAGCAAAAUUUGGCGCUUUUGUUCGUCUUUUCAUCUAGUUCCUCUAGGGAAAUUUCAUUACACGCUUGUGUUUAAAAUACCUUUCCGCCAUUUUGAUUGUUUUGGGAAAAC